CUAGCCAGAAGACGUGGCGGUAAUAGUUGCAAAGCACAAGCAAUCAUAACGUUUGUUGAGAGGACCAGUUCAAUCGGAAAAAUGAUUUCGCUGACGGAUUCUCAGAAAAUUGGAAUGGGCCUAACAGGAUUCGGCGUGUUUUUCCUCUUCUUUGGAAUGAUCCUGUUCUUCGAUAAAGCCCUCCUUGCCAUAGGAAAUAUAUUAUUUGUCACAGGUUUAUCAUUUGUCAUCGGCCUGGAGCGCACCUUCAGAUUCUUCUUCCAAAGGCAUAAAGCAAAAGCCACCAGUUUCUUCCUAGGGGGUGUGUUUGUUGUAUUGAUCGGUUGGCCUAUUGUUGGUGUGGUUUUCGAGACCUAUGGCUUCUUUCUGUUAUUCAGAGGGUUCUUUCCGGUUGCUGUUGGUUUCAUUAGGAGGAUACCCGUUCUGGGGUCUCUUCUCAACCUCCCAGGUAUCAGUGGGUUGGUUGAUAAAGUUGGCGAGAGCAACACCAUGGUAUAACGGUAACUGAUGGUCACAAUGGACAUUUGCUUGAUCAUUCCCUAACAAUAUUUAUACUUCAACAUUUUACAUUUUAAAUGUUACUUUACUGCCCACUGCCAACACUCCUUGAGGUGAAUUUGGACAGUCAAUUCAGACCUCUUUCCAUCUGAAGGAAAGCAUUUUUUUCCAUCUGGCUACUGAAGUUACUGAAGUUUCCUUUCGACAAAGGAGAUCAUUUAUUGCAUGAAGUGCGUUGCCAUGUCAGAAAAGACCAAGAAGAUUUGGGGACUUUUCCAGCCCAAUCCAGAGACAGGCUGUGCAUCAUGGUGUUAACGUGCCUCCGUCUGGUGGUUAACCAGGACAAAACCAUGAGCACUCUGACUCGGCACCGUAGGAUCUACCACUCCCCAUUGUGUGUGCACAAACGUUGACGUGAAAUGACCAAACUUUGGAGAAGUUCUUCAGAGAAUCGCGUGUGUGAAAAAGCAGGCCGUUGUGUACAGUGCUGUGCUGAUCUGAUGGGAGGAGUCUUGUGAGUGUGUGUAAUAAAAGGUUACUGAUUUUUGUAAGGUUGCUUUAAGUGUUGAUGGCUUUCUAUCUACAGCUACAUCUGGGGAUAACACUACAUGCCAACAUUUUGGUAGUAAACAAGUUCAGUGACAUUAUGUAGAGCAAAACCAGAAUUUUGAAAUACAUAACCCAUUAUUUAUGAACUUUAUUUUUUAUUUUUUUACAAAUAGUGAAAAAAAUCUGUUACAUGCCAACAUGACCAAUAAGGUAAUAGGGCUCACUACGCCUACUUAUAGGUUAUGCACAAAUAGCUUGUGCAGCAAUGCAAAUGUCACUAGGGUAUAGACCAUGACUGGUAACAUGAUACUGUCCAUAAUAUGGUUGUGAAAACAAGCUUGCAAGCAUGAGCCCAGGGGGAUAUUAUGUAUGCUAUGACCACAGCAGUACACCAGGACUUUUUCUUGCCCUGUGUUUUCUACCGUGGAAGCGAACUUCACUUAAUUCCUCAGGCACUCAGACAAACAACAUUACUGAUCAUUUUGGUAUUGUCAUGUGUUACAUUCUCUUUUACCAAUGCAAUGAUACAUAUGACAUGUAUACAUGCAUCUGGGAAUAUUUUCUUGGCCAUCUUUAUUUGAAUCUGACAGUGUUCUGAAUGAAGAAUGAUAUUUGUGCAAAACUGACUGUCUUUUGAUAUUUGUAUGUCAUACAUGUUUAAUGGAAACUGCUUGUGACUGAAAUGCAUAACACUGAUAGGAACCACUCAUUUUAUAUUGUUUUGUUGGACAGUUGUUCCAUAGAGCUUGAUGAGAUGGACAUGUUUACCUGGGGAUGUUCAAUAGGCCUCAUUUGAGUGAGGGACCAGUUCAAAACAUCUCUGAUUUUUAAUUACAAACCUGCAACAUCUGUACUUUUUACAAGUCUGAACAUUAAACAUGUAUGGAGUGAA